AUGAGCGCGGGGGUGGGCAGCGGCGGCGCUGCCGGCCCCAGCACCGGGCCCGCCGCCGCUCCCGCCUCUGCCGCAGACGCCCGCGAGCUGCUGGUGCCGCUGCCCAAGCCCGGCCUGCUGCACCUGUGCGUGGAGUACCCCGGCUAUCUUGGCGACGAGCAGCGGGUGCUGGAGACGCUCGGCGGCCUGGAAGGAAUCGCUCGCCAGCUGCAGGAGAACCCCAAGACGCUGUCGCUGCGCCUGCGCCCCGGGGACCGCAACUGCCACGCCACCUUUGCGGGGCGCGAGCCCAGCCGCCGCCUGCUCCUCAAGCUCACCCGCCCUGCACCACCCGCAAACGGCGGCGCCGGCGCCAGCGGCGGCGGCGGCAGCGGCAGCGGAAGCGGCGGCAGCUGGGUGGCCGAGGUGGUGGCGACCCUGCCUCACAGCUACCGCUGGACCACGCCUGCAGACUAUCAGUAUGUCGCGCUGGACAGCCGGCCAGUUGAGGAGCAGGGCCUGGAGCAGCAGCAGGGCGCCAGCCCUCCCGGCUUCCAGCCGCAGCCGCUGCUCUGCGCGCCGCCCCUGUUUGCCAAGCAGCCGCAGUUUGACUAUGCGUUCAGGGGCUACGAGGCCACCGCUGCGCUGGGGUCGAGCGCCGGCGGCACCGCUGCCACUGCCGUUGCCGGUGGCAUCGCCGGCAGUGGCGGCAAGAAGAAGGUGCCGCAGCUGGUGGCGGAGGCCGCGCUGGUGGCGGCGCAGCAGCGGCACGGCCACACGCUCCGCCUGCUGCAGGCCCUGCUGCAGCAACGCCCCGUCUGGCCCGCCGCGGCGCUGCACGAGGCGGCGGCGGCGGCGGGGGUGCAGCCCAUGCCCAGCGGCCGCUCCCCGGCAGACGACCUGCUGCCCCUGCUGUGCUACAAGUUCCGCAACGGGCCCUGGAAGAACGCUUGGACGCGGCGCGGCUUCGACCCGCGGGCUUCCCCCGACGCACGGCGCCUGCAGUGUGUGGAGUACCACCUGCCCAGCGAGUGGUACGGCAAGAUUGCUGAGCACAAGAAGGCGGCGGCGCUGGCUGCAGAGCAGCGCAAGCAGCAGGAGCAGCAGCAGCGGGCGGCGGCAGCUGCGGCGGGAGGCUCGGGAGCGCUCGCUGAGCAGCGGGAGCAGCAGGAGCAGGGAGGCCGGGGUCAGGGGCAGCUGCCGCCGCUGGCUGCUACCUACAGCCAGCUCCUCCGCUUGGAGGCGCACUGCUCUGACAGCAGCGGCUGGCUGGCCUCGGCGGCGCACGAGGGCAUCAAGCGGCGCAUCAAGGAGCGGUUUCAGGCAGUACUGGACGGUACUCCCAUAGACGAUGAUGGUGGCAGCUUCCGGGCAGCUGCCGAGGCGAUGCAGCCGGCCGGGGCCGCCGUCGCCCAGCCCAUGCAGCUGGGCGAUCCGCCCUCUGCUGCCACCUCUGGCCGGGGAGCUGCUUCUGCUGUAGCAGCUGCUGCUGCAGCAACGGGGGAGGCAGCGGGAGCAGCAGCAGCGCCGAUAGAAACCGACGAUGGCGCUGACCUGGCGCAGCAGGCGCAGCAACACCUCCGCAUCCAGCCCACGGCCACGCGGCAGGCGCCGCCGCUGCAGCGGCCGCGGGCGCCGGCGGAGGCUGCCACGCCGGUGGCGGCAACUGCAGCUGCGGGAGCAGGGAGGGGCGGGGGGCUGCACAUCCUGCCUAGUGGCCUCAUGACGGAACUUGUAGACCACUUGGCGCGGCUGCCAGGCCAAGAAGAGGAGGAGGACGAAGAGGAGGAGGAGGAGGAGGGAGAGGAGGGCGAAGAGGAGGAGGAGCAGGAAGGGGCUGGCUAUCACACAGAUGAGGGCUACCAGACAGAGGAGGGCGGUGCAGGAGGCGGCCAGAGCGAGGAGGAAUAG